AUGCUUUCUCUCCGUGCAUUCACCCGUGCCGCGCCUCGUGCGUUCGCGCGCUCCUAUUCAGUUGCCGCUCGCCCUACAACUGCUCGUCUCGCAACUGUCCAGCGACCCUCAUUGCUCCAGAAGUCCUUCAUCAGAUGCCAAUAUCCCGCUUUCUCCACAGCCAGAACUUUGCGCGAACCUGCCGGUGAAGUUGACGUCGAGCUUAGCGAGAAAUUAGCGGAGGAACUUAGCCAUGAACAGAGCUCUGGAGAGAUGGAAGAACCUGCUGCUGUCAUCAAGGCAUACUUUGAGAGCAGCAUUUGGGAGGUCAAGGAUGUUGCUGGAGAGCAAGAAGUUGUUUUGACUCGCAAAUUUGGCAAUGAAAAGAUCCGCGCUACCUUCACCGUCUCCGACCUCCAAAACCUCGCUGAGGACGAGUUCGACGGCCUUUCAGAGAGCGAUUACGAUAACGUGAACCAAGGCCAACCCGGCGAACCCAUCUCCACCCGUCCCGAAGACAGCAUUUCCCCCGCCGACCGCGACUACGAUGGUGAAGAUUCCGGAUUCCCCGUCCGCGUCAACAUCACCAUCGAAAAGCCCGGCAACGGCGCUCUCCUCUUCCAAACCACUGCCUCGGACGGCGCUUUCGAGAUCCACGAGGUCUCGCAAUUCGACAAGGCCGAUCUCGCGGAGGCCGAGACUGCUGAGAAGGACUGGCACCGCCAGAGCCUUUACAGUGGCCCUGCUUAUAACAAUCUUGAUGAGGAUCUUCAGGUUCUCUUUGAGCGAUAUUUGGAGGAGCGUGGUUUCAACGCUGAGUUGGCCAACAUUAUUCCUGAUUAUAUUACCGUCAAGGAACAGAAGGAAUACACCCGCUGGCUUGAGACCGUCAAGAAGUUCGUCUCUGCUUAA